AUGGCGUCAGGGGAGCAUCCAGACAGUGGUGACUGCACAGUUGACCAUCUACAUUCAGGAAUGGAGGGUGCUUUUAUUCCCAGCACCGUUAAAACCUGUCCCGUCCAUAAUCCAGAUUCGACAAGAGGUUUUCAAAAAGGCAUAAACCAGCAUAAUGACUAUGUAGAGAUCCCCGUACCGGAGUCCCAAGUGAACCUUUUGCCCUCAGAGUGGUGGAAGACAGUGAUCGCUUUCUUUUAUGCUGCUUUUAACUUGGUCCUGACGACCAUCGUCAUCACAAUGGUGCACGAGAGGGUUCCUCCCAAAGAGAGCUACCCGCCUCUUCCUGAUAAGUUCUUUGACUACAUUGACAGAGUCCAGUGGGCGUUCACAGUCACCGAGAUCAACGGCAUAGUGUUGCUGACCAUUUGGUUGAUCCAGUUGCUCUUCUUUAAGUACAGGUCCAUCGUCAUCAGACGGUUCUUCUUCCUCAUCGGCACCCUGUACCUGUACCGCUGUGUGACCAUGUAUGUCACCACGUUGCCUGUGCCUGGCAUGCACAUGAACUGUGCUCCUAAGCUUCAGGGAGACACCCAGGCCAAACUGCAGCGAGUCCUGCGGCUGAUUUCAGGCGGGGGCCUCUCCAUGACCAACUCCCACCUGCUGUGUGGAGACUUCCUGUACAGUGGACACACAGUGAUGCUCACGCUCACGUACCUGUUCAUCAAAGAGUACUCCCCCCGCUCGUUCUGGUGGUACCACCUGCUGUGCUGGCUGCUCAGCGCUGUGGGCGUGGUCUGCAUCCUGGUGGCACACGAACACUACACCGUGGACGUGGUCGUGGCUUAUUUUAUCACCUCCCGCCUGUUCUGGUGGUACCACACCAUGGCCAACCUACAGACCCUGAAGUGCUCGCCCAACAACUACCUGACCAACACUUGGUGGAACCCUGUGUUCACCUUGUUUGAGAGGAACGUCCAAACGUCGGUGCAGUGCUCCUACUCGUGGCCCAUCACUUGGCCUCCCAGCUGCCUGAAGAGCCCCUGCAAGACGUACUCGAUGGUGCAGAGCACACGAGACGAGUGA